CUGGCAAAUUCGUGUACCAGACAACUCUACUGAAACUGCCCCAAAAUUAAUCACAACAUUGCUGGCAAGUUUGCAAUCUUUACACAAAUUGAGUCAGUGAACACCCGCCGUAUUUUUUAUUUUCUUGAGGAAGUUUGAAGGGGGAAGAUUGCAAAUAAAUCUUUUGAAAAUGGCCGAGGCAGAUUGGGAUGAAGUUACAUAUUUGAGGAAGAAGCAACAAACAGCGAAACAAGCCAGGUCAAAUAAGGCUGUUAAUAGUGCAUUAAGAAAAGGAGAAACUGUGGAAACAAGAACGAAAUUCAGUGCAGCUUCAAAUAAGCAACACUCCGGAGACAAGAGCACCGUGAAACUAGACCAGGAGACUGAGGAACUGCAUCAUGAAACAGUUUCCUUACAGCUCGGGCAAUUGAUCCAGAAAGGUCGAGUCCAGAAGGAAUUAACUCAAAAGGAAUUGGCAACAAGGAUUAACGAGAAACCACAGGUUAUCAAUGACUACGAGGCCGGACGAGCAAUCCCUAAUCAGCAGAUCAUCUCUAAGAUUGAGCGGAUUAUCGGAAUGAAGUUAAGAGGCAAAGACAAGGGAAAGCCGCUUGGGGGUAGUAAGAAGUAAUGGCGCCUACCCUCAAUGGAAGUCUCAUCGCCAUUGCGUACCCCGAUGCACACAGAAACACUAUUAUUGUCCAUCGGGGAAAAUUUUUUUCAUCAUGCAUGUUUCUUUUUACAAAGAUUUCUCGUGGAUCUCUGGACAACUUGAAGUUACCAAGGACAAAAGGAAAACUCAAGAUAACUGAAUUGUCUUUGUUAUUUUCAGCUGCGAGUUUACAAAACGUGUUUCUCUUUUGCAAUUGAUCAUGUUCUAGUUUGUGUUACUGUUGAUGUUCCUUUGGGCCCAACUUUACAGAGCUGCUUAAGCAGAAAAGGUUUGCUUAGCAGAUUCCUACUGAGAAUAGAUAAGCAGGGAAGCAUUGAGUAAUUAAAUUGGGCUUGUGACUUAUUGGCUUUAAUCAAUUAUCAAGAAGAAACACAGACUAAAUGUGAAGAAUGAUCACAGCUCAUAAAUCUUGAAAUUCCCUGCCUGAACCCCUUCCAAAAAGUGCCAGAGAUUUUGUCAAGAAGAAGGCACUUGUGUAAAGAAAAGAAGUUUGACACAUUUUUUUAAAGAAUUUAAUUGUGGUUAGAAAUCAUCAGAGAAACCAUUUUGAGUAGUUCUAACUUUUGCUGAAUAUUUCUUGGAACAUCAUUCAAAAUAGAUGAACAGUUGUUUAAUAGAUCAGCUUUGACAGGCUCAAAGUUCAUAAAGCUGCUUAGCUGAGAAUAGUGCUUGGGAAAAUAUGUCAGUCACAAACAGGAUACUUAAUGUGGGAUUUUGGCUAGUACCUUUAUAUGGAACCUAUUCUUCAGAGGAUUGACCAAAAACAAGCUUUAAAGAAUCAAGUUUUUUCUUCUCUUUUUUUUGUUGAAAGCAGAUAUCACAAAAAUGUGAUUCACAAUGACUUGUAAGCAAUAGUUUCUUCAUGUUUUAAAUAAAGCUUAUCUUCAGCAAUUAAUUUUUUUAUUGAGGAAUUUUUAUCUGCUGGGUUUGAAAAAACACAAACAAACAAAAAGUAGUUGAGUAGGAUUUGAAA